UUGUGUUACAUUAUACGUUGAUGUGUAUAAAUAAGAAAGUAUUGCCAGUUUCCAAACGUGUUUAACUUAGAAUGUUGUUGAUGGUGGCUUUGUCACUUGUCAUCCUUAAAGGGGAUGCUCAUUCACUUCCGCUAUUACCAGCAAGUGAUAGUUGUUUAGAAAAUUUUGUCAAUCUCUUCAAAUGUCAUCAACUACCUUCACUAGAUGACUACAUAUACAGUUUUGCUGCGAAUGGUACAAUGCUGGACUUGACUGAUGUCCAUAAUGCAUUUAGAACUUCUGUGGAUAAAGACAUUGUAAAGGAUAUUUGCAGUUACUUUGAGGGCGUGUCUACAUGUUUACAGAACAGUUACACAUAUCUGCAAUCGCACUGUCCAUCAAAAAUGGUUAAAAUUGCGGAGUCGUUUAUUCGGUUAACCUCAGCAUUGUGUGACCUUUAUGAAGCUGAUAUUAAUAUGAUGGUGCAAUGUUCCAACCAGGAUAAUAGUAUAUUAGUGACGUAUGUAAGCUGCAUGGAAGGAGCCUAUAAAUAUCUAAGUCAACACACAAUACACCAGUGCAGUAUUGUCCAGCGUUUUCGAGAUUGUUUGUACCAGUUUGAUACCUGUUCCGAGAUUCACACAUUCCGCUUAAUGACGAUGUUUGAUGAGUGCAAAGACGAUGUCUGCUUUAUUUUGAAAGAAUUAAAGAAUUAGUGUCGAGAA